GUAUUUCUUUGUAUUUCAUUAGCAGAAACGGAAAACAAAGUUAUUAAAGCACAUAUAAAAUAAUAUAAUAUGAUAUAAUAGAAUACAGUUCAAUGUCAUAUAUUAUAAUAAUACGCUGUUGCUGGAGAAAUACUUACGGUAGGCUGUCAUACAUUCUUAUUUAUACAUGAAAAAUAAACCACAACAUGCAUUUUCACCACUGGUUGACGCUACUUUUUCCAUGAGAUGUUGACUUUAUUUCUUCCCCAUAUUAACUGUAUCUCCUAAAGGGACAUGGGGGGAAAUAAAUAAACGUUGAACGUUUCUGGUGAGCACAAGUUUUCUGGUAAUAAACGUAACGUCUUGAUAAGAACGGUACGGUGUUACCGUGGUUACCGGCAGCGUCUCGGCUGUAAAUGAUCUGGGUGUGUCGCGAUGUCGGAGACAAACCCUUGGCUGGUUCUCUGGUCUGUUGUUGUUCUGGAGCCAAACACAACAAACACUGCCACAGUUAGAAGUAAUUGAUUUACUGUUUUUAUUUUAAUUUUUUUUUUCCUUCAUCAUGGACAACUGUGAUUUGGAGAAACUCCACGUCUCUGGUGGGAAACUCCAUCCCAACUUUUCUCCAGAACUGACAGAUUACAGCGCGACAGUGGAGAGCAGCGUCACCACCGUGACUCUGGACCUGCUCACCAGUGACUGUGGAGCUUCGUGUCAUGUUCUGUCCGGUGAUGGAACCAGGACGGUGAAGCUGAACAACGGCCCAAACAGAGUAGAAAUCGAGGUGGUGGCCGAAAAUGGAACCACAAAGAAAUACAACGUGGAAAUCACCAAGUUGUCCGCGAAGAUCGCGGAGCUCAGUGACCUGACGGUGGGGGGAAAUCUGCUGCUUCAGCCUGCGUUUUCAAGCCGUGUCUAUGAGUAUCAUUGCCUGGUUCCCUUCCACUGUGAAGCCGUGACACUUGCAGCCUCUGUCCCGGACAGAAACAUCAAAGUGUCCGUGAAUGGAGCAGACAGCUCACAGUCGGUGCUGCUGAAUUAUGGAGACACCAUGGUGGACAUCUCUGUCUGUUCGGCAGAUGGCACUAAUUCACAGGUCUAUUCAGUGCUGGUGACCAGAGAGCUGCUUCCUGUGGCCGUGACCUUCACUGAUGUGAAGCAGCAGCUGGAGUACGAAUGUCCAGUUUCCCUGAGCGCUUUUUUUAGACCAGUGUCCAUCAAACACAGGUGAGGCCCAAACACCACGGGGGGUGGGUCAAUAUUUCAUAAAAUUGUAUUUAAAAAAUAUUUUGAUUUGAUUUAAGUUUUGGUUUAAAAAUGCG